AUCAUGUUUCUUUCAAGUCUUCCAUCCUCUGAGUAAGCAAUGCAAAGGGAGGAAGAGAGGAAGGUAGUUCUUUGCCGAGGGGAACUGAUGUAGGGAAAAUGGAGACUGACCCCUUGCUGCAAAACUAUUCGACGACGGGUGACUCAUUAUAUGAGACACUAGGGCUGCAGAAGCAAGCUACGACAGAUGAGAUCAAGAAGACAUACCGCAAAUUAGCACUUAAAUAUCACCCUGACAAGAACCCCAAUAAUCCCGAAGCUGCAGAAAAGUUUAAGGAAAUCAACCAUGCCCAUGGUAUUCUCAGCGAUGCUACAAAGAGGAACAUAUACGACAACUAUGGUUCACUUGGCCUUUAUAUUGCCGAACAGUUUGGCGAAGAAAAUGUCAAUACAUAUUUCUUAGUGAACUCUGGUUGGUGCAAGGCACUCUUCCUCUUCUGUGGCCUGAUCACAGGUUGCUAUCUGUGCUGUUGCUUCUGCUGCUGCUUCAACUUCUGCUGCGGCAAAUGCAAACCUCGACCUCCAGAUGAAACUGGGGACUAUCAUAAUCUAAAUCCUGACCAAGCUGAGGGAGUUCAUACCAGUCAGCCUGGGACAUCAAGUAAGAAAGAGGACCUGAGUGACGACGAGGAAGGAAAGGCUGCAGGAGAUCAGCCCGUGACCUCACAACCACCCCCAUCCACGAAUCCUUUCAGGACCCCUGGUGCCGGUGAGCCUAGUUCCGGCGGUGCCCAGCAGCCUGUUUUUGCCAUGCCUCCCCCCCAGCCGUCUCCCAACCCCACCAACCCCUUCGCCAUGGGGGCUGGGGCCACGGAGAACACUUCUCUCAACGCAAGCUCUCAACCCACAUAUUACACCCCAGUUGCUGAGGAGUAGUUGAUUUUCUAAAGCAUUUAGGAGACUUUAGAGACAGAAUGUCACAGAAUGCCUCUCCUAGUCAUGGCCAGUACUGAGCAAGGGUCAAGUUAUAAUAGAAUGAAUUUGCAGAACCAGUGGGAUUUGUCCCCUCCGGAGAUCUUGUUCUCCAAUGUCCUAGAUCCUCCUGUCUGCUGUGACUGCGGAAAGAUAUCAUGAUGUGUGUUUCGAUUAUCCCAGUGCGAGGCCUAGAAGGACAACUUCAUUUGCAAUACAUUAUGUAAACCUUGAGUAUCCAGUGGCCGAGGUAGCGUUCGACUCAACCAAGAUUUUUUGAAGGAAUGUAGUGGAUUUUAAUUUAAUUUUUUUUUGUUUUUUGUUUUUUGAGAAAAUACCCUUUUAGUCAUUUUGUUUGUUUCAGGCUCAUUUGUGUAACUGAUUGAAUGAUUAGAGAUUUAUCCAUUUUGAUUUACAUUUACUUUUUUUUCUUUCUUUUUUUGUAUUCUGUUUUGUAUUUAAAUCAGUAUUUUAUCUUGUCUCUUACAACUUUGAAUUCUCUGUAUCUAGACAAAAGCAAUUUGUGAAGAUACCUGUGUUCUAACACCACUUCUUUGGUAUUACAUUCCAAUAGUGUUCAUUGACUUCAAAAAAUAAUGGGAGUGCAGUUGUCAGAAGACAAUAUCUUAUCAAGGCAUUUUUAACUAUUUUAACCUUUCAAAUGGACACUUAUUCGUCCCAUCAAAGAGGAGAUGCUAUAUGUAUGUAUCUCAAGCAUCCAUGAAAGGACUUGAUUCCUUCAGAGUUUUUUCCUCAAUGUCCUUCAGUAUCAAGAGAAAUACUGUGUUGUUCUAGUGCCUCUAUUAAAAGGACAUUAGUAGAAAAAAGAAUUAUAAUUUUCUUGUAAUUUUUCAUUUACUUUUCUUUCUUGCAUCUCUUAUUUAUUUUUGUACUGAUAGCUUGCAGAAUACAUACUUAACAGUGCCAAUGAUUUUUUUGUUUGCCCUAUUACUCUAUUUGUAUUUGGUAUCCAGAAACAUGCAACACCAGUUGUAUUUAGUAGUUUUAUUUAUUUAGUUCUUACCGGUAAGUCAACCUAUUUACUAUAUGUGAUAUCCAAAGGUGUAGAUGUGCAUUAUUUGAUUUGUAUAUCAUUUUGUGUCAUAUUAGCUUCCUUUACAAACAUUAAUACUGCUUGUAUUUAUUUGGAUUUUUUUCUGUGUUUUCUGUAUAGUAAAGAAAAAUUGGCUUUCUCUGUGUUUAGAAUCCAUGGUUAGAUGAAGAUGUAAAUAAUGGUGUUUGUUAAAAUAUGAUAUACACAUCUUGGUACUAUAUGCACCUUGAUUCCCAUGUAUUUGAUUAUGUCCGAGGCUGCAAUAAUUUGAAGGGAAGCUUUAAUUAACUAUUGAUAAUACAAAAUAUGACCUCCACAGUGCUGUAUAUUAAUUCAAACAUGUUGCUUAUCAAAUAUCGAAAACUAGUCAGAGUAUGUUGUACUUCUUCUGUUUCAUAAGGACUUCAAAGCAUUGACUAUCAUCUGUUUCACUGUCUCUUGUGUAUCAUACUUUGUUAGUUAAGUUAAUGGGAAAGAUUUCAGUGGAUAUAAAAAGAGCUAUAUUAUGACAAUGAUUUACUGUAACUGCACCGAAUAGUCAGUUUCCUUGUGCAUCUUUACUGUGUUUGUGAUUUGCAUGUCUGUGUACAACUUCAGAACUGGUUAUAAAAGGUAUUUUCUGCGUCUCCUUGAUAACCCCACGGGUCUAGGAAGAACUUGUUAGGUGCCUGGGCUUUUGGUAUGGGAAGGAGUUUUGGCUUUCUUAUUGGUAUUCAUGGACUCCUUUUCUUUCAUACCUCGCUGGGUACGAAAAUUCUUUUGAAUGAACCGUGGUGUACGAUUUAUCAGACUCCUCCUGUAGAUAAUAUCCUUUACUUGUAUUUCUAGAACUGGGAUAUCUUUAAUACUAGAAAGAAUACAGUACAUCAUUGUAGAAAAUGUUUAGAGGAUUCAUUUCAUAAGUACUGUAGCAUCAUUGCCAUUAUGAUCAUUGUUGAUAUAUAUAAUUGUUAUGGUCGGGAAAAUAGAAUUUGGGAAGUAGUGUACGGCAGUUAUAAAGAGAACUUAUUCUGUGCACAGUUGUCCAUAGAAUUAGUGGGAAGAAUUAUAUAUAGAGGAAAAUAUCUUCAUUCGAGUUGCAUGUGAAACAUUCCAGUUGUAUGCAAAAAUGAGCGAGGUGACAUUUGAAAAAAAGUGAAAAACAGUGAGUAGUGUUACAUGAUAUUGCAUGAAAGCAUCUUUUGUUUUCUUUUCUUUUUACUGUUAGUGUCUUUCAGAACUUAGAUCAGAAUACUGAAAUACACUGUUUGCCUUCAUUGUCUUUUAAAUGCUUUCUGCAUAGCUCAUCAAGUCAUCAAGUUUGGUUAUACCAGUUAUAUAUUUAAAUUUCAACUAUGCUCCUCCUGCUGCUUUCUCUUCCCCUUCUCCCCUUCCUCUUCUAUUUUCCUUGUUCCUUUUCUUUUAUUUCCUCCUCCUAUUACUCCUUAUCUCCUUGUGACAUUUUCCUCAGCAGGAAGUAGCAGAGUAGGAAAUUUGAAAGUUAAUUGUGGAAGUAAAGUAUGUUCAGUUGAUAAACUUAAUUGUCAUGCAAACUGGAUUAAAUGGAAAGUUGAUUUAAUAUGAUUAUCUCUUUAAUGCUUUAUUUAGAAAUUAUAGUAAGACAUUGCCAGCCAGUGUAGAAGUCUAUAAAUUUCAUCAUUUUAGGAAUAUUAACAGUGUAUGUUGGGGAUUGGAGUGUACUUGGUGUUUGCAAGGGACAUGAACAACUAGUGUUUGAAGAAUAUAUGUAUGUCUAUGUGUAAAGCAUAAUGAUGAGUCUAGAUCUAAUUAAACACUAAAAAAAGAAAUAAAAAACUACUUGCAUUUUCUGUAAGCUUUGAACUCAUAUACAUUUAUAUAUAUACAUAUCUACACACGAUGAAAAGUCACAAGUACACACAGUACUCUUAUUAUUUCCAUCUAAACACUGCACAUUUUUUGUGUGAUUUUAAUAACUUUGCUCUAAGUUCAGACUACAUGUAUAAAGAGUAUCCAGAUUUUGAUUUUGUAAUAUAUAUAAGCUGUUAGAUAUAAAUUAGCUGCGAGAGAGAAUCCCACCCAUUCAUUCAGGUUGUCCCAAGGGUCCUUAGUUUUUGUUAACUUGUCCAUCAUCGCUGCCUCAGAACAUGGUUUGAUACCUGAGGAACCCUUUCAAGGAACCUUUUCGUGUGGGGAAAACCAUCAUUGUAUCGGCAGUGUUAUAUUUCUCCUCCAUCCAGUAGAAGCACAAGAGAUCAUCAAAAUGACAUACUUAAUAACUUGAGAUCUUUUCUUUUUUAUAUAUGCAUAUAUUCUCCUCUUGUUUAUCUUUUCUUCAAGGUCUUAUUCUCGUUCUUCCAUUUUAACAUGGCAUUAAAUAAAAUAAAAAAAAUCUCCCCCUCUAUACAUGAUGCUGCAGUUUUUCAAUGAUAUUCUGUCUGCAGUUAAUGCACCUUGUUCUAUGUGUCAUGAGGAUGAUGGGUAGAAUUAUGCUAAUGGUAUCGUGUAUAUAUUAUAAGUAAAAGUUCCAUAAUUCAGUGUGUAUAUAUAGUGUCCAAAUUUUACAUUCAAGCUUUCUGCAAUAUAGUAAUCAUCACGGUUGAAUGAAGGUAACGCAUGCUGUUCUAUUUUCUCCUCUGGAAGCACGAUUAUAUAUCAUCAUCUUAAGAAAACUUUAAAUCCAAUCUCAAGAGCAAUUGCAAAUCAAAUGUAAGCAUUGUUCUCUGCCGUCAUCCUCACUUUGUGUCUUACGACUUUACUGGAGAACUAACUAUGAGGUGUCGUCAGUCUGUAGGCCUUGUAUAUAAGAUGAAAGUUACUGUUGAUUAUGAAGAUGAUACCCAAUAUGCAUGUAACGAAACUGUAGAGAGAAUAUAAAAGUCCCACCAUUUCA